UGACGUUUUACCACUGUAUAACUUUAUAUCAACUCUAGACGUCGCCACUCAAUUUUACCUCCAUGCGUAUAAAGUGAAUAUAAAGUUUCGAGACUCUAUAGGCAAACUUUAUAUGUUGAUAUAGAGGGGAUUUAAAGUUACCUUAUACAGUCCCGCGGUUACUUGGGCAGAUCGCAGUAGUUGCCUUUUUUACUGCGUAGUCCAGAUGUGCACUCCAGUCCAGCUUUUUGUCGAGGAUUACUCCUAAGUAUUUGACCUCCGUUCUGAAGGUCAGUUAUUUCCUUUCAACCACAUUGUGAUUAAUACAACGUAGUUAGAUGUAAAAAAACAGUGCAAUAAUAAAUAAUUGUGAAUGAAAAACAACUACCGGGAAUGAUCUCAGGGCUUUAAAAUUGGGCCCACAAGAAACUUGUUAACAGACUGCUUCACACCAUGGACGCCAACGAACAGUCGGAAUCAAUCGUUCUAUAUGCACCGGAGAGGAAGCCUGAGAUUUCAAACCAGCUGCACCAGCAAAGAAAGGAAGCAACAUGGACAUUUUGGUUAGUAACAGCCGGCAUCUCCACAACGUUUGGGGCCGCAAUCCCCACCGGUUACAAUAUUGGCGUUAUAAAUGCCCCUGCUGCGUACAUUAAAGAAUGGUGCAACCAGACAAUAUACGAAACGUAUGGAAUAGUUUUCAGUGAGGCUAGUUUGGAGACUUUCUGGGCAGCGGUGGUUUCGAUAUUUCUAGUUGGAGGAAUCAUCGGAUCGCUCGGAGGUGCAUGGGUUGCUGACAAGAUGGGCAGGAAAAAGUCGUUUUUAUCCUGCGGAGUACUUUUGGUACUAGGUGGGAUUUGUUUCCAAUUUUGCAGAGCAGUUAGUUCGGUUGAACUCAUCAUUAUUGGUCGACUAAUAGUCGGGUUGGCUGCCGGACUAACCACGAGCACGAUACCAAUGUAUCUCACAGAAUUGGCACCAAUUGCUUUGCGAGGACAGCUUGGAGUGCUUUGUUCUAUGGGCGUUACAGGUGGUGUUGUGAUUGGUCAAGUAAUGAGUCUGGAAGAGGUCUUCGGUACUGAAGAGCUGUGGCAGUAUGGACUUAGUUUCUCCGUGAUAUUAGUCAUUACAUUUUUUGUACCAUAUCAUUGGCUUCCCGAAAGUCCCAAGUACCUGUACAUUAUUAAGAAAAAGCGGGAUGAGGCAAUAAACGAAAUUCAACGACUGGGAGGUCGAAAGGCAAGAGAUGACUACGUUAAGCAACAAAUAGAAGCAAUUCGUAACGAAGAAGCCUUGAACGAUGAAAGUGACCCCGAGGGAGCUGAGCAGAGUACAAAGAAACAACGAUCUCUGUGGUCAGUGAUAACUGAUCCAACGUUGACAAUGCCUCUGAUACUUGUUUGUGCCUUACAAGGUGGACAGCAACUUUCUGGAAUCAACGCGGUAUUUUUCUACUCAGUUUCAAUUUUUGAAUCCGUGGGCCUUAGCUCAACGGGUGCCAAAUUUGCAAAUCUUGGCGCUGGCUGUCUCAAUUUAUUCAUUGCGUUCUUUUCACCACUUCUUAUGGAAAAAAUCAACAGGCGAUUCCUGGCCUUGCUAUCGUGUUCAAUGUGCUCGAUCUUCCUGCUAGGUUUAACAGUUGUAGUAUACUUGAUUAACUCCGUAAGUUGGUUUUCCUACGCCAGCAUCGUUGCAAUUUUGCUCUACAUUUUGUUCUAUCAGAUUGGACUCGGACCCAUACCAUACUUUAUAGGCUCUGAACUCUUUGAGGUCAGUCCUCGUCCAGCCGCAAUGUCGUUGGGAAGUAUUUCGUCGUGGAGUUGUAACUUUAUCGUUGCCAUGCUGUUUCCGACCCUUCAGAGCGCCUGGGGAGCAUUCGUAUUUCUCCCCUUUGCGGUUACUUGUAUCUUGCUAACAAUUUUGCUCCACAAGUAUUUGCCAGAAACGCGAGGAAAGCACAUUUCCUCAAUUGUGCCUCUAGUGUCGCAUGGUUUUCGCUCCAAGCCGGUUGUGCCUUAUUCUUAGCGACCAAGUUAUUUUUGCAUGAAUUUAGUUUUGUUUGUUUGAUUUUUCUUUUCAGUUUUUGGUGUAGUGGUUAUAGUGGUCUAGUUGAAACAAAAAAAGAUAUCAACUUGACAACAGGACAAAUAACGAAUUUAACCACAGGGAAUUUUACACUUUACACAGCUUGUAGAUUAAACUGCAAUCUAUUUAGGUAGAAAGGCGAAUAUAAAUUGACAAUUAAUCAGGAAAUUUCAUUGUUACAAAUUGUGCAUGAAAUAUCUUUUGUUGAUUCUUUUUUUUCAGAAUAUACAAAUAAAAGGAAAUUUGAAUAAUGAUAACAAAAAAUUUUCUUGCUUAUUUAUUAUCUUUAGAAACUGAGAUAAUAAAAAAAGAUUUCCUAGAAAUAAGAUGGUAAAAUAAUUACGGAUUAGUUUGUAAUGCAAAUUUCCUUACAUAUUCUAAGCGCAAACAAAUCAAAAUAAAGUUUGCUUAAACCCAUUUGCUCAUUUUAAAGGUUGCUUAAACGGGUUGAAUAAAUAUGCGUUAAAUCAAUUCAACUCGGAUUACGAAACGGAAUGAACGGUAUUCAAUAAAUUAAAAUAUCAUUGCGUGAAGAUAUUUUAUUAAAUUU